GAGAGCGGCGGCGGCGGCGGCGGCGGCGUGCAGGCGGUCGUCAAUUCGCUUGUCAGUGGCGGGGCUCGGAAGCAGCCUCUCUCGGAAGGCGGUCCCCGUGUCCUUUAACUGCCCCGCAUCGCGCACAUGGUUGGAGCGGCGUCUCCUAGGGGUCUCGGUUGCGUGAAAGGCAAGACUGUUCAAUGGCAGCCUUCAAUGUGGGGCAUUUGGCUACAGUUUUAGGGAACAUCAGCGGUACCGACACCGAUUCUGCAGCGUCUUCGGAUCCCGUGUUGAGCACCGCUACUGCUGCAUAAUCACUUGUACAUAACGGAUGCGCAGCUUUCUGGUGAAUCGACCCUGAUUUUUAUUAUUAUUAUUAUUAUUAUCACCAUCAUCACCGUUUGCCCUCCAAAGUAUGGACUGAAAUUUUGAGUGGAGGAGCUGUCGUCAGUCGCGUUUCUGCGUGUAUAAAUGAUAGAAGAUACAAUGACUUUGUUGUCUCUUUUGGGAAGGAUCAUGCGUUAUUUCUUACUGAGACCAGAGACCCUGUUCCUGCUGUGCAUCAGCCUGGCUCUGUGGAGUUACUUCUUCCACACGGACGAGGUGAAGACCAUCGUCAAGUCCAGCAGGGAUGCGGUGAAGAUGGUCAAGGGGAAGGUGGCGGAGAUCAUGCAGAACGACAGGCUCGGGGGUCUGGAUGUCCUGGAGGCGGAAUUCUCCAAGACCUGGGAGUUCAAAAACCACAACGUAGCGGUCUACUCCAUCCAGGGAAGGAGAGAUCACAUGGAAGAUAGGUUUGAAGUCAUUACCGAUUAUGUCAACAGGAGCCACCCAUCCAUAUUUGGCAUUUUCGAUGGCCACGGUGGAGAGUCUGCUGCUGAAUAUGCAAAGACACACCUCCCUGAACUUCUGAAACAACACCUGCUGAACUAUGAAAAAGAGAAAGAGAACAGUGUGCUUUCUUACCCCAGUAUUCUGGAACAACAUAUCCUCUCUAUUGACAAGGAAAUGCUGGAGAAACUGUCUGCCUCAUAUGAUGAAGCAGGCACGACGUGCUUGAUCGCGCUGCUGUCGGACAAGGAGCUGACCGUGGCGAAUGUGGGGGAUUCCCGCGGGGUGCUCUGCGACAAAGACGGGAACGCCGUCGCCCUCUCGCACGACCACAAGCCCUACCAGCUGAAGGAGCGGAAGAGAAUCAAACGAGCAGGUGGAUUCAUCAGCUUCAACGGCUCCUGGCGAGUCCAGGGCAUUCUGGCUAUGUCCCGCUCCCUGGGCGACUACCCUCUCAAGAACCUGAACGUCAUCAUUCCUGACCCGGAUAUUUUGGCCUUCGACCUGGACAAGCUGCAGCCCGAGUUCAUGAUCCUGGCCUCCGACGGGCUGUGGGACGCGUUCAGCAACGAGGAGGCCGUGCGCUUCAUCAAGGAGCGGCUGGACGAGCCCCACUUCGGCGCAAAGAGCAUCGUGCUGCAGUCCUUCUACCGGGGCUGCCCUGACAACAUAACUGUCAUGGUGGUGAAGUUCAAAAACAGUGGCAAAGCGGGGGAGCAGUGAGUAGGCCCUUUUGCCGAGCUCUCGGGGCACGAACUCUGUUUCUGGCAUUAACCCCCAGUUGCGUGAGCCUGUUACAAGUACGUCCAGGGACCCAGUUUUUAUGGCCAUGGCCUUUUUUUUUUAAAAAAAACAAAAACACCCUUAAGGCUUUUUUGCAUUAAGCAUUGUCAUGGUAUUACAGUACAUAUAGUAACUGAAACGGUGUCGAAGCUCAGCACGGUACUUAUUGAUUAACUGAUGAAAACACCCCCCAUACCCCACCCCCUAUAAAAUCUCCAGUAACAGUUGAAAAAAGAAAAAAAAACUUGUUUUUUCCAUUGUUUCUGGGGCAUUUUGGCUCAGGUGCCCUAAAGCUGUUCCUUCGCUAUGCAUGAGUUUGGAAGACUAGGCAAUAACUUCUUUCACCUUUGCCCCCCUCUUCAAUCAAUCAUGAGUUUAACUGUGACGGGUCAUAUAAAUGACGGUCUGCACCCUGGGCUGGGUUUCCAGUUUACACCCUGCUGUUACACCAGUGCAGGCAGGUACUCAUGUACUACUGUAUAUAGGAGCAGGUCCUCCAGAGUGCAGCAGCUAGAGGUAAAUUGAAGGCCAUUUUUUCCAGGACAGUUCUGUCUCUUUAUCUAUCAGUACUCGUUGUCCUGUAUUCAUCAACCAAAUGAUUACAAUCCCUGUUGUCCCUGAACUGUGGGGCCCGAUGACUUAUUGCAGCAACUUUAUUAUAAUACACAGUCAGCUUCGGUUAAUUAUCAUUGCAGUUAAUUCACACAUAAACCUAGGUUGUGGAAUUAAUAUUGGUUGCAGUAAUACUGUUACCGUGCUUUUGGAAAAUCACAGUCAGGAUUUCCAAUAUUCUGAGAACCUCUGAAAUGAUUAUUUCAUAUGUGUUAGGCACAGUACCAAAAUCUCUUUUUUUUUUUCAUUGGAGUAAGCUUAGCAAUAAUACCUACAACAGAUUUAGGGGUCAAAUUUCCACUGGGUUUUAUAAAUUCAAGAAGUCAAUAAUGUUUCCUUUAACUUUAUUUUCUGACUACAAAAAGCCCAUUUCUGCACAUUCCACACAUGAAAUACCCUACUCCGAGUUGGAACAGAAUCGCUUGCUGUAGCAAUAACAGGUUAGACAAAAUCUGAAGCAACAAUGGCUGCUACCAGACAGAAUAAAAGCAUCUGUGUACCUUUGCAGCAGCAAACAAAUGCUCAAUUUAAAAAAUAUGUCCCUAGUUUGAAAAGGGUGUUUCUUCACGUGUGUCUGUUUUUAAAAAACACUGGGGAGUGGUUACAAUCUACAGAGGGCAACAAUUUUACUCUCUUGCCAUCAGUUGUUGCCAAAUCCUGUAUUUAUUAUAUGUAUUUCAUCCACAGCAUGUUCAGAGUUGCCCGUAUCCAUUACCUUUCAGUAUGUUCUUCUGUAACUGUUUUUAUUGACGAUGGGUCUGUCUGUUAAUGUAUUUGUGCUGUGGGUGAAACAGAAAUGGAACAGAAUACGGCUGUCUACUAAUGUUUUGCCCUGUUACUCAUCAGAUCACUUACUAGUUUGUCUAAUUCUACAGUUCCUUUAAAAAAGAAAUCGUACUGUAACCUGUUAUUUAAAUUCAGUAUUUAUCACGCUGUGGCGGGACUUAAUUUGAUCCUUGAAUUCUGUUGAUUUAAUCAAAGUGACAAAAGGGCAGAGUUUCUGAUGAUUGUUUUCCUGAGAAUGCACUGAAAUGUUAUGUGACGAAUUUUGAACUAAGCUGUUGGAUUUUUUAAAGCACCGUACUUCACAUGAUGCUUUACUGCAAUACUGAAUUUAAUUGAGCUCAGUUCAUUUUUUUAACUGAAAACUGAAUAGCGUUAUUCCAGAAUAAAUCGUCUGCAGCAUUAGGGAGGUUAGCAGAAAACAAAAUCUGCAAAUCAGAUGAGAAAUCUGCAUCUGUAUUACUUGGAUUUCACUGUAACGUUUUUGGUUAAUUGGUUUAACUCAUAAGACUUUUUAACAAAGUUAAAAUUACAACAUUUUGCAUUUUGCUGACACAUUGAAAAAUCACAAACUCAUGACAUUAAGAGAAAAAAGGAAAAAAUUACCUUUGAGUGACACUCUUAACUGCUGCCUUAUUCUUUUGUCGGUUAUUAACUGCUUUGCCAAAAUUAAAAUGUUUUGAGAUUGUAGUGUAGCAUAUUAUGUUUGAAUGACAUGCACAUUUAAUGUAGAUAGUUUUUCAUGUAGAAUACCAUCAUUUCUACAUUUGUCUCUGAGAGACAAGCAUAUGGGAAUGGAAAGUGAAUGUACAUAUUAAAAUUAAAUAGUUCUUUAACACAGAUCAGCUGUAAAAAUCACCCUGGAUGAAAAAAAAAUGUAAUGAUUUACUAGUUAGUAUUUUUGGUUAUAUAUUCUUCCAAGAAUAAGUAUGUGUUACCUAAUGUUUAUGUGGAGUUUGUAUUUUGUUUGUUGAAUUUCUGAAAGUGUAAAAAGAGUCUUGACCUGUGGAUUUUAAGGUAAAAGAAAAAAAAAUAAAACAUCACUCAAGUAUCUUGGAUUUCUUGAA